CCAGUAUUUUGGUUGCAGAAUAUGAAGAAAAAAAAAAGUAAAGAACAAAAAUUUGGCACGACAACUAUACACAAAAUCACCAUCUUCACACUAUUAAUUUGGCACGACAACGAAUGCACAUAAUCACCAUCUUCACUUGGAAGCCGAUGACAAUACUGUGAGAUAGAAGCCCUAAAAUGAGCUGAGAAUGAGAAAGAACUACCUGGUUCGGGUCCUAACCCGGCUCAAUGCCCGAACCUCACAGCCCCUACGUUUCCUCUGCUCCGCGCCUUCGGCUGCCGGCGUAGAGCUGAAGAAUGUGACCAAGUCCAAUUUCGAACCCGCGCUGACAGAGCUGCGGCGCCACGUGAGGGAAGCAGACUUCGUCUCCAUCGACUUGGAGAUGACGGGGAUCACCAGCGCGCCCUGGCGCGAAUGCUUUGAAUUCGACCGCCCUGAUAUCCAGUAUUUGAAGGUCAAAGAUUCCGCCCAGAAAUUCGCCGUCGUUCAAUUCGGCGUUUGCCCCUUUCGAUGGGACCAACAUUCCACCUCCUUUGUUGCUCAUCCGCACAACUUCUAUGUAUUUCCUCGGCAGGAAAUUGCGGGUGAUGGUUUCUCAUAUGAGUUCUUAUGCCAGACAAGCUCAUUAGAAUUCUUGGCGAGAUACCAGUUUGAUUUCAACACUUGCAUCAACGAAGGAAUAUCUUAUUUAUCCAGAAGCCAAGAGGAGGAAGCACUGAAAUGUUUAGAUUCAGUAUACAAGGAUGAUGUCCUGGAUGUAUCUUCCAACUUAGGAAAUGGUUCGGAUAUGCAGCUGGUUAGGAUGGCAGAUAUUCUGUUUGCUGAGAGAAUGAAAAAUGUAGUUGGUGAGUGGCGUGCUGGAUUGUUACGGGGUGUAAAUUGCGGAUCAGAAUCUCCAGGAAGUUUAAAUGACACGAAUCAGAAAUUUCAGACUACUUUCUUCCAGACACGCCCUGCCCUUGCAGUUAAUGGCUUGACUUCUCGCCAGCUAAAGCUAAUUAAGUUGGUGACUGAAAAGCAUUUCAACGAUCUUACUUAUGUUCAUGUCACUGGUGAAAGUUCUUGUCGGCUACCGUUGAUAGUCUAUACAGAUUCUGCAAAAGACAGGGAAUUACUGAAGGGGGAGGUCAAAGCUUGUCAAAGGAAAGCAGCAGAAAUGAGUAUUAAAUCUGCUAUUGGGUUUCGACAUGUUAUUGAUCUGCUUUCAUCAGAAAGAAAGUUGAUUGUUGGUCAUAAUUGUUUUCUUGAUCUUGCACAUGUUUACAGCAAGUUUAUUGGUCCUCUCCCUUCAACUGCUCAAGAAUUUGUCUCAGCUGUCCAAACAUAUUUCCCAAGCAUAAUUGAUACUAAGGUGCUGCUGAAUUCAGACGAUGUGUUAUGGCGCAUCAUGAAGAAAGGCAGCACAUCGCUUUCAAAAGCAUUUAGCUUACUCUGCCUGCUACCUGUUGCUCCAACUAGCACAAGCAAUGGGUUGGCAGACAAACCACGUGUAAAAGUGGAUGUUCAAGUGGAUGGUCAGAGGUUCUCAAAUUGGAACUCUGGCGCUAAGCAUGAAGCUGGAUACGAUGCUUUUAUGACAGGAUGCAUCUUCUCUGAGGCAUGCUUCCGUUUAGGAAUUGAUUUUAACCCACAAGCACCAGGCUCGAUUUUGCAACACAAUGAGAAGCUCCAAAAGUAUAUCAAUUAUUUAUAUCUAAGCUGGGUGAAUGGAGACAUUAUUGAUCUUAAAACAGGGAAAAGUGGUACAGACUCUUUAGGUUCUGCUACGGGCAGGCAACGGUGGCAUACAAAGUUUACGUUCUCAAACAUGAUACUGUUGUGGGGAUUACCCACGAAGCUGAAAGCAAAAGAUAUUAGAGAGUGUUUCUACAAAGCUUUUGGGAGUGGCUCAAUCACCUCAGUCCACCAUUUGGAUGAAACUGCAGCCUUCGUUCAGUUCAGCCGUGCAGAACUGGUUUCGGACUUCCUUGAACUGAAGGAUAGUUUAGAAAGAGGUAAUAAAAACCCAAUAUCUGUUUUGCAUCCUUUGUCAAGAAUUCUUGAGACGGGAUGCGUCCGCGCUGCCACUUAUGAGAUGUACAAAGAGGUUUGUUGUUCGCCUCUGUCGGAAGUGCUGUUUGCAGAUCAGGCUGAAAGAAUUGGGUGGAAGGGGGCAUCUGUUGAUGUCAAUGGGGAAGACGACUGUGAGAGAGAAGGCGAAACAACUUCGCCUGCCUUUCCGAAGCAGAGUAGUGCUAGUGUUAGAACCAGUGCGGCUGGCACACGGUCAAGCAUGAAUUUACAAACUGAUCAAAUUAUGGAUUCUUUGUGUCGCUCUGCAGCUCAGUUGAGCAGAUAGAAUUUAAAAUAGCUUUAGUUUUAUGAUCGAACACAAUAUUUGUUAUUUAUAUGGUUUUUACAAUUGAGUAGUAAAACAACUCUCUUUAUGUUCUAAA